AUGUCGCACACCUUUGGCGAGCCGUACGCCAUGGAUAAAGAGCAGGCGAAUGAGAGGAAGCGCAAGCGAAUGCUAUCCCGUUCUGACGAAGAGAUACAGAACGACAUGGACAACAAGAAAGUGCCCUACCGACGCGGUUGGCCAGACUUACAGUCGUUGCCCCUCAACAGCACCGACCUCCAUAUCGAAAAUCUCUUUUCUCGUCCACAGCGGGACGACAUUAUGGCCAGAGCCCGAACCAUCUUCGCUGUCCAGCGCCUUGUUACCGAUUUCCAAGAGAUCACCUUCAGACUUCCUGAUAACGUUAAUGCCGACGGCUCCACAGACCUUUCGGCAUUCGUCACGUUCUUGUUCACAGCUGACAUGGUAAAAGACGUUGAUAAGGUCGAUAGAGUCAUUAUUCAGAUCCGCCAAAGUUUCAUGCAGGUUCCUGCCUUUAACGACAUCAGCAUCGAAUGUCUACACCUGGGUUGCCUUGUAGCUCCUCCGACAUAUGCUGUCUCGCCCAACGACGUCACUGUGCGAUCGAAGAGUGAGGCCGUGGUCGACUUCGUGAUGCAACAAUUGAAGAAAGAGCGCUGCGUCUGGCUCUGCAUAGAGGUUGUGCGUCGCGGUCUAGUCGAAGACACUGACCGGUGCCAGCCCACCAUCUUGAUCACUACCCCGACUGCCAACGAACUGCGUUGGUAUACUACGGUCUUACCUGGUAUCCGCAACUUUCUUGUCAAGAAGGCGCCUGCUUUCCAGAUUGAGCUGCUCAGGGCCGAUUCUCUCUUCAGAGCGCGCAAGCAGCACCCGCCCACGGACAAGGUCGACGGAACUUCCUAUGAGAAAAUUGUCACCAUGGGUUCUUCAGUCGGUAUCGAAGGCGAUGAAUUUUCUGGAGGCACACUCGGCGGGGUCGUGACACUGGAAGGUGGAGGCCAGCCCACGGUACGGUGCGGUAUCACGAACUGGCAUGUGGUUCGUGACAGUCGUCUUGACAAGCAUAAGACUCUGUUCCAGAAGCCCCAGUACAUGCUCAGCCCUUCGACACAAGAUCACCAGGGUUAUCUUGGUCAUUUUCAGGCGCGAAUGAAGAACUAUGCGAAAAACAGUGAACAAGGCGAUUGCAGUGCUCAAGCCUUGUGGAAGAACGCCAAUACGCAACACAACAAUAUUGCAAAGAUCGAUCGCACGAUUGGAUUCGUUCACACGGCCUCCGGUUUCCGGUCCAUGACGACUCCCAGAUACGCCACAGACUCCAUGACUGGAAGCAAUGACAACGAUAAGGUCAAGAACCAGCUGAGGUUUUCGCUCGACUGGGCACUGAUCGCAGUCGCGAGUUCCACUGACCGAGUGUUACUGAAUGUUCUUCCCGAUAAGAAUCUCCUCGUCAAUUCCGAUAACGAAGUGAAUGGGUCUUUCAUCUGCAACCAGUGGUCCACCUUCAACGUCAACAAGAAUAUGGUGAAGGUCGCCAAAGUUGGACGGACCUCUGGUUGGACUUUUGGGCACAUCAACUCAGAGCUCAUCCACAUCAGCCCUGAUAACCCAGAGUUCCAAGAGAUGGCAAGCCUGUACGGUUCCACCGCUGGCGAUCCAUGUCACUGCUUCGGCGUCAUCUCCGAUCCCCGUACGACACUCUUCAUGGAGCCUGGAGACUCAGGUAGUAUAUUGCUGCAUCCCGACUCCGGAGCGUGGCUGGGCCUGCUUUUCGGUACUACCGGGAGUGGACACGGAAUGUUCAUCGCAAUCGAUCGGAUCUUCCAAGAUAUCAAGGCUAUCACUGGACAGGAAGUUACAGCUCCUUCUUUCACCAGUUCGUAUGAGUUCGUUAAACGGCUUGCAGCUACGCUAACAGGUUUGCAGGACCGGAGAAAAUUGGUCUCGCUCCAUACCAGCUCGAGCCUACCGAUUAGGCAAAUGAUAUCGAAAGGCGGUCAGUGUGAAGUUCAAAGACACUUCUUACUUUAA